AUGGCCUCCUCGGAGCCACUAGAGUUAGUCGUUACCGUCGUCUCUGCCAAGCACCUGAAGAAUGUCAAUUGGCGUUGCGGAGACUUGAAACCGUACGUUGUCCUGUACCUCGAUCCUGACCAUCGCGUCUCCACCCGCUCCGACGAUUCCACGAAACCGGUGUGGAACGAAGGGAUCACUCUUCCUCUCACCCGAUCCGUCCACGAAUCGGUCCUCAACAUCGAGAUUCUCCAUUCCAAUUCUUCGGAUCUAGCAAAAACCCUCGUCGGAUCGGUUCGAUUUCCUCUGGCUCGCUUGGUUGACUCGGACGGAGCGAAGAUUCCCGAAUUGAUCAACUCGCUCGAGCUGGUCCGUCCGUCGGGUCGACCGCAGGGGAAGAUACGAUUGAAGCUCGCGAUCAACGAGCGACCGAUCCCUCGGCCGCAACAUCAUCAUCCUCCUCCUCCUCCUCCGCCUCCGCGUCCUCAAUCUCAACCACAAGAUUACUAUUGUGCCCCUCAAGGAAACCAUUAUUGCUCCCCGACCCCUCCUCCACCUCCGAUCAUCAGUACUCUUCUUCCUCGCGAUUACAGGGAAUUCUCUCCGUCUCCCUAUCCGUUCACCGAUCACUACUAUCCCGGAUUCUAUUACCCUCCUCCUCCUCCACCACGCUCGAUGUACGACCGUGUCUCCAAUUACGGUAUGCCAAGUGGUCCGUCUGCUACCUCCGAUGCCUUCUCAUCCACUGAUCACAAGCCGCUUCCUUUAGCUCCUCGGUUUCCCAAUUACGCUCCACCGCCUAGUGGGCCAUCAGCUCCCGUCGAUGCCUUUCCGGUGAACGAGUACAAGCCACAGACUCCUCCUGCAGGCUCGCGAUUGUCUAGCUACGGAGUGCCAAGUGGCCCAUCGGCGCCGGUCGAUUACUCUCCUUAUGAUCACAGGCAGAUGCAGAAAGCGAUGGGCGGAUUGAGCUUGGAGGAAGAGAGAGCUGUUGCAGAGAGGUCUGAGAGCGACUUUGGAGCUAGGCCUAGCUACAGCUACGGCCGUGAUUAUCGCCGGGAAUGUUAA